AUGCCUGAUUAUAGUAAUCAGGGUCCUGAAUGUAUGCCAAAUAUCAAGGAUCAUUUUUUUGUCUCCAUUAAUGGAAAAUACCUCAGCCUACAUGAUGCUCGCCGUCUUGGGCACAAUCUUCGUGACGCAUGUGAAACAUGCAGGAAGAGAAAGCUACGGUGUUCUGGAAUAACUCAAGAUGGAUCACCAUGUCAUCGAUGCACGAUCGAUCAAACAAUGUGCAUUUUUGCAACUAAAAGUAAAAUUGGUCGUCCUAGAAAGCGCCUACAUUCUCCUGGUGCCGACGUGCCGGCUGCAUUACUUCGGAAAAAACGCAUGGAAAAGCCAUAUAGCAGCACCGAUGCGUUUUCUGAGAACUCGAGUCCGACCAUGGAAUCCUCUAUUUCCAUGCUACCUCGAUCCUCCGGGUUUCCAAAUGACAACACCCCCGCGGUGUUAGAUGCGUCAACAAGUACACUAUCUCCAGCAUCUGUAUAUCCAAAUAAUGGCGUAUUAUCUUCUACUCUAUCAGACCUGUCUCUGGCAGCCUUUGUCGAGUCAUUGUAUACCUUAGAAAUUGCGCCAUCAGAUGGACUUACCUCAAGUAUGCUCGGCGCAUCUGAGAAGAGUGCUGGGGCAUUAUAUCCAGAACAAGGCAUGGUGCCUGAUCCUACUACCAAUACUUAUUUUUUAAACGAGGACAAAUCUUCUGAACAGGGAAAUUGGCAAAAUCAAAUGGAAUUUGCUAAGAGUGCCUUCCUGGACGAACACCUCGCUUUUUCAGUGCCAUCAGAUAUGCGUUGGUGGAACACAGCGUGGUCAUUGCCACACUCGUACGAAUUAUUGCUUUCCUCCUUGCCGGACUCCAACAAAGACAUGAAUUCAAAAUUGGACUUCAUGACACCACCAGAAAUUCCUCAUGUAUCUUCGCCUACCACACCUCAAGCCGCCACUUUCCCUGUGUCAGAAAAACUCUCUCCUCGGAAACAGGCCAUCGAAACCUCUCUGGGCCCUGUACCUGAAAAUAUAGGUGCAAUUCCGGACAGGAAGUUUGACUUGUUACUUCCGUCUGACUCGUGUCUUCAUGGCCAAUGUAAUCAUACUGAUGGCAUGAGUCCGUCACCUUUGACUAGAAUGUCUUCAACUCGUGAAUUACAUGCAACAGAAGAUGAGAAGCACUGUCCUGAUAAAGUUCAUUGCGUGCCCAGUCCUGAUGGAACUCAUUGUUCCUGCACGAGUAGCUCGGGUCUCUCGUUUCUUUCCCUCGAGCGGUCUAUCAGGAGUCGUAUCCAGGCUACUGAUCACGAAGCAGAUAAAUCACCGGAAAAGAAGGCGCUUUCCUCCUUGGUAUUCACCUUAACUAUGAGUCAGUCUGUCUCGAAACAAUGCACUUGCAGCACGGAUUGCCCCACAUGCAAAAGCAGUCCAUCUUAUAAGUCGAGCGGCGCUAUACUUAUAUCGACUGCACUCCAAAUUUACGCGCGUGCGUUACAAUUGUUCCAUGAAAUGCUUGCAUCAGACGGCACCCACACGUGUUCUUGCAGCGGUCCUCGAGGUACAUGCGAUGCAGCAUGUGGAUGCUGUGCUCGAGCUACUCGUCCUGAUGCUGUCCAAUCUUCUAUGGAAGUACGCAUCGGAGAUUAUACGCCCUCAGCACAGAAUUCCCGAAAAAUUGCAUUGUAUGCUCUAAAGCUAGAGCUCUUAGACUUGGAGCGUGCCAUGGCACGAGUUCAACGCGUCUCGAUGCAACCUUUGCAGCAACGUCCGGGAACCCUUAGUGCGCCAGAUACAAACAACGCAUCACAAUGUUGUGGCUUAGCCAAGACACAAGAAUCUUCGGAACAUGCGGCAUCGGCCCUUCACCUCAACCCUUUCGACCAACUUGUCAUACGUAAAUUACACUCCCAAUUAAACGAAGCUUUGCACGCUGUCGAACAGAUGGAGGUACAGGACGACCAUAAUCAUAGUUGA